UCAAUGGAGAAUAGCACAGAAGCCACAGAGUUCAUCCUCUUGGGAUUAACAGAUGACCCCAAUCUUCGGGUCCCCCUCCUCCUGGUAUUUUUGUUCAUCUACCUCAUCACUCUGGUUGGGAAUGGGGGCAUGAUGGUGAUCAUCCACUCAGACCCCCACCUCCACACUCCCAUGUAUUUCUUUCUCAGCAACCUCUCCUUCGUAGACCUGGGUUACUCCUCAGCUGUAGCCCCAAAGGCAGUGGCUGGCCUGCAGUCGGGGAACAAAGUCAUCUCCUACAGUGGAUGUGCUACCCAGUUCUUCUUCUUUGUGGGUUUUGCCACUGCCGAGUGCUACCUCCUGGCCUGCAUGGCCUAUGACCGCCAUGCAGCCAUAUGCAGGCCUCUUCAUUACACCACCACCAUGACAGCAGGCGUGUGUGCCCUCCUCACUGUUGGCUCCUAUGUCUGUGGCUUCCUCAAUGCUUCUAUUCACACAGCAAACACCUUUAGACUCUCGUUCUGUGCUUCUCAUGAGAUUAAUCAUUUUUUCUGCGAUCUUCCUCCACUUUUGGCUCUCUCAUGUUCCAACACACGCAUCAACAACUUGGUUGUCUUCUGUGUCGUGGGCUUCAACGUCUUUUUCACCCUCCUGGUCAUCCUCAUCUCUUACCUCUUCAUAUACAUCGCCAUUCAAAGGAUACGUUCUGUGGAAGGACGGAAGAAAGCCUUCUCCACCUGUGCCUCCCACCUCACUGCCGUAACCAUCUUCUACGGAACUAUCAUCUUCAUGUACUUCCAGCCCAGCUCCAGCCAGUCCAUGGACACAGACAAAAUUUAUUCUGUGUUUUACUCAGUGGUGAUUCCCAUGUUGAACCCCUUGAUCUACAGCCUUAGGAACAAAGACGUAAAAAAUGCUCUCCGGAAAGUACUCAACAAACUUCACCCCCAGUCUGUAAGUGUAGGUGGGAAGUAG